GCCAUACUCAUCCGUGUCCCUCUCGAUAUCCAGCGACUUACGACUAAUGGCUGAAUCCUUGCGUUUUCUUGGCUCCCUCCCCGGCCACAAAGGAUGGGUCACCGCCAUUGCUACCUCCUCGGAGAACCCAGACAUGAUUCUGACGGCUUCCCGAGACAAGACCAUCAUCGUUUGGCAGCUUACUCGUGAUGAAGACACGUAUGGCUACCCCAAACGAAUUCUUCAUGGCCACAACCACUUCGUCUCUGACAUCGUCAUCUCUUCCGAUGGACAAUUCGCCCUUUCCUCCUCUUGGGACCACACCCUGCGUCUCUGGGAUCUGAACACUGGUCAGACCACCCGCAGAUUCGUUGGCCACACCUCCGAUGUCUUGUCUGUCAGCUUCAGCGCAGAUAACAGACAGAUUGUUUCUGGUUCGCGUGACCGAACAAUCAAACUUUGGAACACCCUUGGAGAGUGCAAGUAUGAUAUCAAGGAUGAUGGUCACACUGAGUGGGUGUCAUGCGUGCGCUUCAGCCCCAACGUCAUGAACCCUGUGAUUGUGUCUUGUGGAUGGGACAAGGUUGUGAAGGUCUGGGAACUCUCCAAGUUCAAAUUGAAGACCAACCACUACGGCCACACCGGCUACAUCAACACUAUCUCUGUCUCUCCUGAUGGUUCCCUUGCUGCAUCAGGUGGCAAGGACGGCAUUACCAUGCUUUGGGACCUGAACGAGGGCAAGCACCUUUACUCGCUUGAGGCUGGUGACAUCGUCAAUGCUCUUGUGUUCUCGCCCAACCGCUACUGGCUAUGCGCUGCCACUGCCAGCUGCGUUAAAAUCUUUGACCUUGAGAGCAAGUCGAUUGUUGACGAGCUCAAGCCCAGCUUCACUGAUGUUGGCCCCAACUCACGGGAACCUGAGUGUGUGUCGAUCGCAUGGUCAGCAGACGGGCAGACGUUGUUCGGUGGAUUCACUGACAACCUUGUUCGUGUCUGGACUGUCACUUCUUAAAAUCUUCCGGGGAAGUCGCGUGGUGGAGGACAGAUUGAGGUUUACCCUACGCAUCGUUUUUACUGUAGCAGGCUGCUUGCAUCUCAAAAAAAAAACACUGCAUUUCUCAAUUCCUGGUAGAAUCUAUGGCUUAAUGAACAUUCACAAAACUCC